AUGUUGGUUUUGUUUUUGCUAUCUGCUGCUGCUCUGGCGACAGAAUUGGAAGGUUCACCAGAUCAGAUAGAUGACUCGGCAAACGUGCCCACUGUAGGUGCACGAAAGGAAGUCUCUUCUGAUUCCCAUGAAUUGAAUGGGGUCAGCGCUGCGGGAGAAAAUGGAACAUCUUCUUCUGCUUCCCAUGAAUUGAAUGGGGUCAGUGCUGUGGGAGAAAAUGGAACAUCUUCUUCUGCUUCCCAUGAAUUGAAUGGGGUCAGUGCUGUGGGAGAAAAUGGAACAUCUUCUUCUGCUUCCCAUGAAUUGAAUGGGGUCAGUGCUGUGGGAGAAAAUGGAACAUCUUCUUCUGCUUCCCAUGAAUUGAAUGGGGUCAGUGCUGUGGGAGAAAAUGGAACAUCUUCAUCUGCUUCCCAUGAAUUGAAUGGGGUCAGCGCUGCGAAAGAGAAUGGAACUACUACUUCUGUUGACUCGGUACCUGAAACCCAGGGCACCACCGAUCAAAACGAAGGAGUUAUCAGUGGAAAAUCCGGAGGUGGUUCCCACAUGUCAGAUGUAACAAAACAGCCAAAUACAUCAAGUGAUACGAAAUUUCCUCCUGAGGAUGAUUAUAUUUCUUAUGGAAAUUUGUUCCUUUUUUCUGGUUUUUUAACUUUACUCCUCGCAUUAUACUGUGGCUUAAGGUUCUUCCGGAAUAGUCUGGGACGCAGUUCCUUUUUGCGGCGGCAUGGCUGGACGCGGGUGGCACAACCAGUAGGUAUAGUUGAGGGCAACGGUGGAAAGAGUGAGCGGGAUACAAUUGUAGAAUUGAAGAGGGUUGAUGUGACAAAAGACGCUGCGUCGAUGGCCAGGGGUUCAGAGAAUUCAGAGGUCAGUUUAAACGCCAUGCAAGCAAUUCGCCGACGUGCUGGAGAAAAGAAACGCCGGCAAUCUAAUGAAAGCAGCGACGGGUGGAGUUGGACGGAUGAGGAUUGGAAUCCGUAG